GUCAAGAAAACUAUCUUGAGUUGUGUUGUUCCUUCUCUUUUUUCAAACUUCUCCCCCACCCUCCCUCUCGCGUCUUGAACUUUCUUGGCCAAUCAUCUCUCUUCCUACAAACACUUUAGCAGACUAUAAGAGCUCCCCAACUUUUUCCUUUCAAUCGAACUCAAAGUUUUCUCGGGAUCCUGGAUACACAGACACACUUUCGUUGGGAAUUGUAUUUCACCCUCAUGAGGAAAUAACGCGUAUAUUCGCACGCGCUUGCAGACUUGAGCGAGAUGCCCGAAGAACCCGCGCGCGACUCCUCCAGUUCCCCGGUGUCUCCAGCGGACAGUCUCAGCAACAGCGACGUAGAGCCCGACAGACCGCCGAAGAGGUGCGCGAGGAAAAGGCGCUCCAGCAGGAAAAACGGGGAGGACUCCGACAGCUCGACCCUUGGGAAAAGAGGGAAGAAGUCCAGCAACAGCAGCAGCAGUCCGCAGUCGUUUGAAGACCUGCAGACUCAGCGCGUGAUGGCGAACGUGCGCGAGCGCCAGAGGACGCAGUCGCUCAACGAAGCGUUCGCGGCUUUGCGCAAAAUCAUCCCCACGUUACCGUCCGACAAACUGAGCAAAAUACAGACGCUUAAACUCGCUUCCAGGUACAUCGAUUUCCUCUAUCAGGUACUACAGAGUGACGAGCUGGACUCCAAGAUGGCAAGCUGUAGUUAUGUUGCUCACGAGCGCUUGAGCUACGCGUUUUCCGUUUGGAGGAUGGAGGGCGCCUGGUCCAUGUCUGCAUCUCACUAGUGUGCGGGGAAACUUUUGGGAAGUGCAAAUGGUGAAGGCCACGCGCUGGCUGGUAAACACUCGUGGACCAACACAGUUAUGGAUAACCGCAUUUCUUCAGCAUUUGGCAAAUGUUGCAACAGAGGCCAUGGCUUUCAUAUUGAGAAGGCCACGGACACUGGACUGUUGCGCGUGCGCUGCAUAUGGACUUCUGCGCAAGUGUUAUUAUUGACGACGAAUGUUGUUAAGGUGUGCCUAUGCAUGAUUUUUAUAUUCUAUUUUAUAAGGACUCAGUUGUGCAUAGCUUUCUUGGAGAAAGUAAAAUUGCAUUACAAGGACUGUCGAUGAGAAAAUGGGAAUAUUAAGCCUCUAGUUCGAAUCCUGUGUAAAAUAAAAAGUUUUAGUACAAUUCUAUUUAUUUAUUGAUGACACAAUUAUUGAAAUGAAGGCAAAUGUAUUCUGUGUCGAAAUGCAUUCUUAUUUUUUGUUACUUUUGUAAAUAAAUAUGUUUUUUGUCUAAUAAAGGUCAAUAAGUUUUAAGAAAUA